AUGGCAGCAUUUGGGGCGGCGGACGUGGAACAUUUCGCUUAUUUGGCCGAAUGCUCGCGCGCGGAAGCCGUCCCUCUCCCCUUUGGGAAAUCCCCUUCAUUCCAGCCCUCCCUCCGCGUGCUCCCCGAGCGCUCUAGCCAGCUCUCCAUUCACUCGUCCAUCGUCCGUCGACGGCGACCAUAG